AUGCUAAUAAUGAAGUAUUUUCUUGACAGUAGUAUUAAAACUGUUAGUAAACAAGAGCUGUCUGAUUUUCUAGACCAAGCAGAUUAUGAGAAAAUAGGGGUUCAAGUGGCAAAGAAUAACUACGAAUCUGGCAAAGAAGUGUGCGACAUUGCAAAGCAGGGUGGCAUAGAAUCACAUAUUCUAGCAGAUUCAGACAGAUGCUGUAUUGAUUGGAUAGCCGCCCAGCACGCACAAGUCAACUGCAUUAUUAAAAGAUCCUUUUCCUGCCCCUUAUUAAAUGUAUCGCGGAGUAAAAAGCUAAUAGAGAAAUAUUCUAUAUUACAGUAUGUUCCAGAAUGCACUCUUAAUCUUGAUAUUUUGGACGGCGAUGUGCCAAAAGAUAAUUCUGUAGAUCUUUCAAUGCAUGCAGUGUGCUUGGCACUUGAUAUAAAAUAUAGUGCACACUAUAAGGAGAUACUUGAAUACUUGGAAAAAGUGCUGCAGACACAAAUAACUAUGUGGUCAUAUUCUAAAAGUAAUAAGCCCCAAUUGGCUCUUGUUCUUUCAGAAGAUCAAGGAUUUAUUGACUACUUUAUAGACAAUUACAACUACAUAUUGCUUACAAAGGACAUAUUAGAAAAUAGGCACAAGCUACUAGACAAAGUGUGCGCAGACAUACAGACACUUGACGCAAGAAAGACAAGAGCAAUAAUUUCUAAAAUGGCAUAUAUUGAGGUUCUAAAACAAGCAAAGAGGAUAGGAAUUGUAUUUACAUCAGGGGAUCAUAUGGAUCUGAUCAAUCUUAUAUCAAAGUAUUUAGAUAUAAAUGGAAAGAAGUUCUACCAAUUUUACAUUAAUGGGCUAAAGCCAAAUAAGCUGGGAAACUUUGUGGGGAUUGAUGUAUUUGUGGUGAUUCAGUGUCCAUUUUCCAGUUUUAAGUUUGAGGAAAACAUAAUUGCAAUGCGGCCGUAUGACUUAGUAUUAGCAUUUUCUGAGGAGUGGAAUGGUGAGUACAUAACAAAUUUAGAAGUGGCAAAAGAAAGAAUAUCAGAGGAAAUAAAGAAAAUCACUGCACGCACCAAAACAGUUGAAACCAAUGAAACUUCUAUAAUGCAAAUAACCAGCACAUUAAAUGCCCUCAAGCUGUCUAAGAAUGAAAUAUGCACAAAGGAACAAGCAGAAAAAUACUUCCAGACCGGUGUAUAUCUAAAGAAAAUCACUGGAAUAACAAUAGAAGAGACAGUAAAAGAAACAACCGAUGACUUAGUAAUGGGAUACUCUGGAAUACCCACAGAGUACAAGAAGUAAGUGCUGCCAUGCCAUAUCUAGUAAAUAAA